AUGGAGCAAGACCUUGCUUUCGGUGAUGUUAUGAUGGGUGCCGCGGGCGAUGACUGUGGCCGGUGUUUUUCGGAGCUGAAGAAGGGUGGGGCGAGGAGGGUGAUGUUGAUGGUGGAGAUAGAAAAGAGGGGUGAAGGAAUUGCAACUUGCAAAAAGGUAACUACAAAUAAAAAUCUUGAAAUUGUAAGGUUGGUAGAAGAGUCGGAGAAUAGAAAGAAACAAGAAGUAACUAGAGAAAUUUCUUUGCCCUCUCAAUCUUCAGCUGGAAUUGAGAUUGAUUAUUCUUCUAAGAAGAGAAAACCUAGCUUGUUACCUCUUGCUAGAGCAUUCGACGUGAAUACGAGAGCCCAAUUAGAUGAAGAAAUUGCAAGAAUGUUCUACACCGAUGAUUUGCCCUUUAAUCUUGCUAGAAAUCCUCAUUAUCAUAGGGCUUUCACUUUUGCUGCAACUCACAAUAUUCUUGGUUAUGUUCCCCCUGGUUAUAAUAAAUUACGAACCACAUUGCUCCAACAAGAAAAAAAUAAUGUUGAGAAACUCUUGCAACCGAUUAAAGAAACAUUACAAGAAAAAAUGUUAACUAUUGUGUGUGAUGGUUGGAGUGAUCCAACAAGAAAACAUCUCAUUAAUUUCAUGGCUACUUAUGGAAAUGGGCCUAUGUUUUUUAAAGCUGUGAAUUGUUUUGGUGAAGUCAAAGAUAAGUUUUUCAUUACUAAUUUGAUGAAAGAAGUGAUUGAUGAGGUUGGUCAUCAAAAUGUGGUGCAAAUUAUUACUGACAAUACAGCUAAUUGCAAGGGGGUAGGAGAGAUUAUUGAGAGCAUGUGUCCUCAUAUUUAUUGGACACUGUUUGCAGAUACUCGUUUUGCUUCUAUCAUUGUGAUGCUUAAGAGAUUUAAGUUCAUCAAGAAGGGACUUCAAGCAAUGGUCAUUAGUGAUGAAUGUAAUUCUUAUAGGGAAAAUGACACAGUGAAAGCAAACUUUGUGAAAGAAAAGCUUGUGAGUGAUGAUUGGUGGAAUAAAGUAGCUUACAUCAUUGAUUUUACAAAGCCCAUCUAUGACAUACUCAGACUAAGCGAGGAUUCUUGUAAAGUUGCUCCUCAUAGAGAUGGUGAAAUAUCUCGAGAGAUAAUGAAAUGUUUUCGUAGGUUAUUUUCAAACGAUGAUGAUUAUGAAAAAGUCUUGGAUGAAUUUACUUGUUUCUCACUUAAGCUCAUGCCUUUUGAAGAUUUGAUGUCUCUUACAAAGAGGAGUUCUAGUCAAUAUGAGGAUGAGAAAACCAAGAUGUGGGAUGUUGGUGGAGAUGCUUUUGAUUCAUUGGGAGAUGUUGGAUAUUUAGAGUUUGUCGAACUCUCGUUUGACGAGCAGGAUUUAGAGAGCCAGUUAAUCUCGAAAGAUGUUAACAAUGUUUGA